AUGACGGUGUGCAACUUUUGGAUGCAAGGCCGGUGUCGAUAUGGCGACAAGUGUUGGAAUGAGCACCCAAAAGGCGGCGGCGGCGGUGGAGAUUACAACAGCCGUCCCCCUCAACAGUCCAACAGAGGCGGAGGAGGAGGUAACGAGUAGCUAGUUGUAUUAGCUAGUAGUAGCUAGCCUCUGCCCCACGGCACAGGCUUUUACCUUCACGUAAAACAACGUCGGCGAAGCUUGGGAGCCGAGACUAGUUAGCUGUAGUUCUAGCUAGUAGUAUUGUUCAUCCGGGUCCCCAGACCAAAGUAUUUUUCUGCUCUACUGUAGGUAGUCAUGGGACGAUUGAGAAGGGAGCUCUGAUGCAGUUUUUUUUAAACACUACUGAUUCCACACAACGUAUCGACGCUUGUAUCAAACUAACAUUAUAAACUGGGUGGUUCGAGUCCUGAAUACUGAUUGGCUGACAGCCGUGGUAUAUCAGACCGGAAGGAGUCACUCACCACCUUCCGGAGACAUUUGAAACCCCACCUCUUUAAGGAAUACCCUGGGAUAGGUAAAGUAUUCCUUCUAACCCCCCCCCCCCCCCCCCCCCAAAUUGUAAAGUGGUUAUCCCACUGGCUCUAGGGUGAACGCACCAAUUUGUGAGUCCGCCUGGCUAAGAGCGUCUGCUAAAUGACGUUAAUGUGCCCUUGAGCAAGGCACUUAACCCUAAUUGCUCCUGUAAGUCGCUCUGGUUAAGAGCGUCUGCUAAAUGACUAAAAUGUAAAAAUGUAAAUGUAAAUAUCACAGGUAUGACAAAACAUUUAUUUUUACUGUUCUAAUUCCGUUGGUAAUCAGUUUAUAAUAACAAUAAGGCACCUCGGGGGUUUGUGGAAAUGGCCAAUAUGGCUACCCGGACUAUUUGCACUGCCCCCCCACCCCAUCCUUUUUACGCUGCUGCUACUCUGUUAAGUAUUUAUGCAUAGUCACUUUAACUCUACCCACAUGUACAUAUUACCUCAACUACCUCAACUAGCCGGUGCCCCCGCACAUUGACUCUGCAACGGUACCCCCCUGUAUAUAUAGCCUCCCUACUGUCACUUUAUUUUACUGUAUAUAUAGCCUCCCUACUGUCACUUUAUUUUACUUCUGCUCUUUUUUUCUCAACACUUUUUUUGUUGUUGUUUUAUUCUUACUUUUUUUGUUUAAAAUAAAUGCACUGUUGGUUAAGGGCUGUAAGUAAGCAUUUCACUGUAAUGUCUGCACCUGUUGUAUUCGGCGCAUGUGACCAAUAAAAUUUGAUUUGAUUUGAUUUGGAAUAUACCACGGCUAAGAGCUGUAUCCAGGCUCUCUGCGUUGCAUUGUGGUUAAGAACAGCCCUUAGCCGUGGUAUAUUGGCCAUAUACCACACCCCCCCUCCUGCCUUAUUGCUUAAAUACCACAUGAUGAUGACGCUUGAAGCUUCGGAUGUCACACUGCCAUCUGACUAUGGGAUUAUAAUGAUGACAAAACGAUGAGUUUGAAUUUUGUGGUCGCACAUUGAGAUUUGUGGUUACAAGUACGAUUUGCAAAUGUGUAAUUUAAUUUCGCAAGUUUGUAUCAUGAUGUGUGAAAGAUUUAACAAAGGUCGCAAACUUGUAACUUGACAUUUGAAUACAUUCAAUAAGAUUUGCAAGCAUAAUUUAUUUUGAGAAUUUACGAGUAUGAAUAUUCUGCUGUGAAUAAAAAAGUACACUGUUGUCAUGUUACCAAGAGAUUUGUAAACUUGUAGAAAGUUUUGUAAAUUUGUAGAGAUUCGCAAGUAAAAAUUCGAUUUGAGCGGCUCUGGGGGCAGGACCUUUUACUCCUGACCAAUCCGUUCCCUCUGCCAAAACCACAGCUGCCUAACCAUUGGCUGGAUUGUUCCAUCAAUCAAAUCUCAGGAAGUAGAUACCCACAUGAGCAAGAGAGGAUGAGGUAAGAAAACCAGAACAAUCUACUUGUAGGUAAAAAAGGCAUGGCAGUAGUUUGCUUAUCAUGUGAAAUAUAAUGGUACGUUUCAGACAAACUCCAGACCAGCCAUUGCAUUGACAGAUGCUAUUGCGUUAGCUAGCUGGCCUCUGAGAUUCAUCCUAGUUUUACUAUCAACUGGCUAGCUUUAUCAGGCAGCUUUAGAUGCGAGGGGGAAAAUGAAUAUAUUUGCUAGUUAACCAUCUGAUUUGAUAAAGUUUAUAUAUGCCAUUAGCUAGCUAGAUAGCUUUCUAAAUUGAAACUGCUGGGGGGAUAGCUAGCUAGCUAGCUAACUCCCACCAUCAUCACUGCAGUUUAGCUAGGUUUCUAGAAAAUAAUACAGUUACCAUUUUAUUUUCUUAAUCUAUGCAGGUUUGUCAUGAUUUCAAGGCGCCUGGUGGAGAUGAAUACAACAAUACUCCCAAGGCAGGACAUUUCCCUGCAUCCAGGUUGAGGCCUGCUACCAACAGGAACAUGGAGCACUCCAUGUCAGUAAGUCAUGCAUAUUUAUUUUCAUAUGUAUACUGUAACUAAUACUCUACCCAUAUGAGGAGUGGAGAAGCCCUGUCUUCUCCUGUAGUAACUCCCUGUCAGAGAUACUGUGAUUGGAGAGUUUUGCAGAAGGCCCUGGGCCAAUGGGAGGUAAAGGGGUGAGAGCGAAAGUCACAGACAUGAAGAUACACCUUGAACCACAGAGGAAGGCUGCCUUCAAACUAAAACGCAUGUCCAACGCAGCUGUUUGGUGGGUGAAAACGCUGUUUUACGUUUUUUAAUUGGUUGAUGGAUUGCAACUUUUCUGACGGACAGCACAACACAACACACUCCUCCCAUUGAAAACCGUUGAGUUGCUGCGUCUUUCACGCAUCCAUUUGUCUGGUUUGGAAGGCCCUCCUCAAUAAUCAACUAUGUAAAUGUUAACUCUCUGGCUCUCUUUCUUUCAAGAGCAUUCAGUACAUCUAUCCAUCUCUCUACAUGUGGUCCCAGUGGUCCCGAGUGGCGCAGUGGUCUAAGGCACUGCAUUGCAGUGAUAGCUGUGCCACUAGAGAUCCUGGUUCGAAUCCAGGCUCUGUCGUAGCCGGCCGCGACCGGGAGACCCAUGGGGCGGUGCACAAUUGGCCCAGCGUCGUCCAGGGUAGGGGAGGGAAUGGCAGGCAGGGAUGUAGCUCAGUUGGUAGAGCAUGGCGUUUGCAACGCCAGGGUUGUGGGUUCGAUUCUCACGGGGAGUAUGAAAAAUUAAAUAAAUUAUGUAUGCACUCACUAACUGUAAGUCGCUCUGGAUAAGAGCGUCUGCUAAAUGACUAAAAUGUAAAUUGUACAAUGUGCUACAGAGACAGAAUAUUCCAAGACCAACUACCUACGAUCUCUCCAGAGCACAGAUGUAAACGUCCUUCACUAUGGCAGUCUGUCUGUGUGAUGACACAUAGCAUAUUAUGAAGGGCCACUGAUUUACUGUACUCACUCAAACUCAUACAUUGGGAGACUUUUAGGCUCCUCUCUCUAAAAGUCUCCCAGACUUUUGUCAAAACUAACGUGUCCGUCCCCCUAUUCCCAGGUGAGUCUGCUGGGCCGUGGACCUCUAGAGCAGCACAUCAAAAAACCUGCCACCAUGUUGUCAGCUGACAGCAGACAGUUCCCUGAGGAAGGAUGCAACUAUCAAGGCUUUGAAUUGUAACAUUUAGGGGAUGACCACCAAAUGCAAUAAAGUUUUUUUAUAAACUACUCUUUUUUUUUUUUUUUAUAGGUUACAAAACAAUAACUUUCUUAGCAUGUUCUUUUUGAUUUUUACUAACUACUUAAACAUCUGACAACAUGCAGACUUUCUCCAUCAAGACAACACUUCGAGCUUGUGAUUUCAAAAAGGUCUAAAAUCAAUGUUAAGUCUCAUAUCCAGGGUGAAUACAUUUUUAUUAAUGUAUUUACAUUUACAUUUUAGUCAUUUAGCAGAUGCUCUUAUCCAGAGCGACUUACAGUUAGUGCACACAUUUAUUAUUAUUUUUUUAAAAUAUUUUUUUUCAUACUGGCCCCCCGUGGGAAUCGAACCCACAACCCUGGCGUUGCAAACACCAUGCUCUACCAACUGAGCUACAUCCCUGCCGGCCAUUCCCUCCCCUACCCUGGACGACGCUGGGCCAAUUGUGCGCCGCCCCAUUGGUCUCCCGGUCGCGGCCGGCUACGACAGAGCCUGGAUUCGAACCAGGAUCUCUAGUGGCACAGCUGCGAUUCAGUGCCUUAGACCAGUAUUAAAAGGACAUCGCACAGGUGUGCUGACUAAGAUACUGUAUAUAUCCCAGACAAGACUGAAGAACAGCUGCGAUGCAGUGCCUUAGACCAGUAUUAAAAGGACAUCGCACAGGUGUGCUGACUAAAAUACUGUAUAUAUCCCAGACAAGACUGAAGAACAGCUGCGAUGCAGUGCCUUAGACCAGUAUUAAAAGGACAUCGCACAGGUGUGCUGACUAAGAUACUGUAUAUAUCCCAGACAAGACUGAAGAACAGCUGCGAUGCAGUGCCUUAGACCAGUAUUAAAAGGACAUCGCACAGGUGUGCUGACUAAAAUACUGUAUAUAUCCCAGACAAGACUGAAGAACAGCUGCGUUUAGACACGUAGUCUAAGUUUGAUCUUUUCACUAAUUGGUCUUUUGACCAAUGAGAUCAGCUCUGAAUCAUGAUCUGAUGAGAUUGGUCAAAAGAUGGCAUUAGUGGAAAAUAGAUCAGAAUUGGGCUGCCAGUCUACACACAGCCAGGGACAAGUGAAUACAAGUCAGUUGUUGUGUUCGUAGCAGUUUGUAUGAAUGACUGGUUACAUACAGUACCUGUUAAAUGGCUAUGAGACAGAGAGGAGACUAGCUGUAAUCAAAGCGAAGGUACCACUGAAGGCCCCCAGUAUUCAGGCAGGCAGCUUGAAGCAGAUGAUGUCACCAUCCAGGUCCUUGUCACAGCAUACAGUGGCCUGAUGGGGAGAUGACAAUAAAUGACAUGUUCCUUUCAUCACCAAAGCCGUGUUAGCAUGUACUGCACAUGUUGCUGAACAAUCCAACCAUUUUAUUAGUGUCAUUGAUAUAAAUGGGCAAUUCACAUACAAUAUGCAUAAUGCCUCUAGGGUCCUGUGGUGUUCUGUCAGUUUACUGCUUUCCAGUGAUCAUUGACUGUAAUGCCUCUAGGGUCCUGUGGUGUUCUGGCAGUUUACUGCUUUCCAGUGAUCAUUGACUGUAAUACCUCUAGGGUCCUGUGGUGUUCUGGCAGUUUACUGCUUUCCAGUGAUCAUUGACUGUAAUGCCUCUAGGGUCCUGUGGUGUUCUGGCAGUUUACUGCUUUCCAGUGAUCAUUGACUGUAAUACCUCUAGGGUCCUGUGGUGUUCUGGCAGUUUACUGCUUUCCAGUGAUCAUUGACUGUAAUACCUCUAGGGUCCUGUGGUGUUCUGGCAGUUUACUGCUUUCCAGUGAUCAUUGACUGUAAUGCCUCUAGGGUCCUGUGGUGUUCUGGCAGUUUACUGCUUUCCAGUGAUCAUUGACUGUAAUACCUCUAGGGUCCUGUGGUGUUCUGGCAGUUUACUGCUUUCCAGUGAUCAUUGACUGUAAUACCUCUAGGGUCCUGUGGUGUUCUGUCAGCUUACUGCUUUCCAGUGAUCAUUGACUGUAAUGCCUCUAGGGUCCUGUGGUGUUCUGUCAGCUUACUGCUUUCCAGUGAUCAUUGACUGUAAUACCUCUAGGGUCCUGUGGUGGUCUGGCAGCUUUUGUGUUCUAACAAAUUUGUUAGUGAGCAAUUCUCCUUUGCCAAGAUAAUCCAUCCACCUGACAAGUGUGGCAUAUCAAGAAGCUGAUUUAAACAGCAUGAUCAUUACACAGGUGCACCUUGUGCUGGUGACAAUUAAAGGCCACUUUUAAAAAUUGCUGUUUCGUCACACAACACAAUUCCACAUUUGUCUCAAGUUUUGAGGGAGUGUGUAAUCGGGAUGCUGACAGCAGAAAUGUCCACCAGAGCUGUUACCAGAGAAUUUAACGUUCAUUUUUUAAAGCCGCCUCAAUGUUUGUUUUAGAGAUUUUUGCAGUAUGUCCAACCGGUAUCACAACCGCAGUCCGCGUGUACGGUGUCGUGUGGGCGAGCGGUUUGCUGAUGUCAGAGUUGUGAACACAGUGCCCCAUGGUGGCGGUGGGGUUAUGGUAUGGGCAGGCAGGCAUAAGCCACGGACAUCGAACACAAUUGCAUUUUAUCUAUGGCAAUUUUGAAUCUCAUUUUUACUUGUGAAUCUCUUUCUACAAAUGUACAAAACUUUCUACAAGCUUACGAAUCUCUUGGUAACGUGACAACAGUGACUGAACUCAGUGUGUGCAGAGUCAAAAUUUGCAAGUUUAUUUUUGAUUCACAGCAGAAUAUUCAUACUCGUAAAUGGAUUUGUAAUAAUUCUGAAAAUAAAUUAUGCUUGCAAAUCUUGUUUAAUAUAUUCAAAUGUCAAGUUACAAGUUUGCGACCGUUGUUAAAUCUUUCACACAUCAUUAUACAAGCUUGCAAAAUUAAAAUUACACAUUUGCGAAUCGUACUUGCAACAACAACAACAUCUCAGUGUGCGACCACAAAAUUCAAAAUACAAACUCACGUAGUUCUGUCACCAUUACAAUCCAAAAUCCCUUAACUGACAAGCGCCGACAUCUGCUGGAAGCUUUUUGGUUUUAUCUAGAUAUUUCACCUUCUAAGCCACCUUUUUGUUACGUUUUCUUUAAAACACUGGCUACAUUGUAUUUCUAACCUGUGAAAUUGAGUUUCGAUAAGCGUAGGCUGUAUAUUUUUAUUUAUUUAACAUCCUUAAUCAUGCAAUGGAGCCACUGUCUUUUAUAAAUGUUUUGUUUGUUAAAAAAAAUCUAGGUUGCUCGUUUCAAAGCAUAGAUGGUUUCAAAGUAGCAUUACCACGUCAUCAAUGACCCCCAAAGCUUCAUUUUGAUCAAGUGCUUUUUCAAACCGUGUGUUGCAAAAUGCGAGAUCCCACUGAUUUCGCCUUGGUGCCAGUGCUUUCUUUGAUGCAAAGUUGCUUUCACACACCAACCUCAAAUGUAGAUGUUUCCAGUGUGUAGCACCUGAACGGUAGCUCAACCGACAGGGACAGGGAUUUAGGCUCAGGCACCAGCAUAGGCACAAUAUCAAAUCCUGUCUAUGGUUGAAAAAUUAUUUUCUGUGAAACCACACUAUUUUCCCAUUGGCAUUGUUGUUCAAAUAAUUUAUUUUAUUUAGUGUAGCCUAUGAUAAUCUUUUGUCUUCAGCAUCCUAAAUAAUACCACGGAUUCACCGUUUUUGAAUUGUGAACCUGGAGGCAAAAAGGUAAGGAGGAUUCUAACAGUCUAACCAACACUCAUACCCAUCCAAGUCUAUAUAAACAUCAAGCGUGCUGAUAUUUAUUGCUGACCAGCAGAUGUCUCUAAUGUGCACUGUGUUAAAAUCUCAGCGUAUUGAAUCGUUUUUUUUUUUCCGGCACAAUUUGGUAAAAGCCCCAAAGGGUUAAGAAAGCCUCGGUUUUCACAUCACUAGCGAUAGCCAAGUCAUCGUUGUAGCUAAUAGCUACAACCUCGGCUACAACACGUUUGUUUGUUUGUUUCCUUCUUAGCCUAGCUAGCUACUUCUCUUUCUAGUAGUCUCUGCUUGAUACCUCCGUUACAAAAUGUUACGGCCGUGAGAUUAGAGAAUGGUUAUGUGGAAAAUGUGUACCUAUUUGCUUCACUGAUUUAUUUGGACCAAUCACGAUAUCGCGGGGUUGCACCGUCUUUUGAAUUUCGGAAGGGGGGGGGGGGGGUAUUUUGGGCGGUCAGAUUGCAGAGGAGGGGUGUUGACUCUCCCCCAGAACCACAUCCAGUAGCUGGUCAGAGCCUUCAGGCAGGUUUGGCUCUGGGCUGUAAACCUUCAGGCAGGUUUGACUCUGGGCUGUAAACCUUCAGGCAGGUUUGACUCUGGGCUGUAAACCUUCUGGUAAGGUUUGGCUCUGGGCUGUAAACCUUCAGGCAGGUUUGGCUCUGGGCUGUAAACCUUCAGGCAGGUUUGGCUCUGGGCUGCAAACCUUCUGGUAAGGUUUGGCUCUGGGCUGUAAACCUUCUGGUAAGGUUUGGCUCUGGGCUGUAAACCUUCAGGCAGUUUGGCUCUGGGCUGCAAACCUUCUGGUAAGGUUUGGCUCUGGGCUGUAAACCUUCUGGUAAGGUUUGGCUCUGGGCUGUAAACCUUCAGGCAGGAUUGGCUCUGGGCUGUAAAUCUUCUGGUAAGGUUUGGCUCUGGGCUGUAAACCUUCUGGUAUGGUUUGGCUCUGGGCUGUAAACCUUCAGGCAAGGAUUGGCUCUGGGCUGUAAAUCUUCUGGUAAGGUUUGGCUCUGGGCUGUUGAGAUUACUCUUGCAGUAAACCUUAAGCAAAGGUUAUGUAGUAAAACAACAACAAAUGGGCUAUUCAAGCCAAUUAAUUGAAAGUGGGUCAUCACGUCAUGCAGCCUAGCAACACAUUUCUCCCAUCCAAUAUUUAGGUAGUCUAAUCCUUGAAUGUCCUGUUUUCAGGGUUUGGGAACAGAGUGUGGGUGAACCCAGCUCAGAGGUCUGGAGGAGGAAACUACGUCCAGCCGUCGUCCUUCUCCUCCCAGCAGGGUGGGGAUGACUGGGGGGGAGGGGGAGGAAGAGGAGGGGGAGGUGGGGGCAACAACUGGGGUCCAGGAGGAGGAGGAGGAGGAGGAAGGGACACCCAAGUCAAGAGCUCCAACUUCAGUUUCGCAGCCUCCUCUCCAAACCAAAACAGAUUUUCUGCCUUAAACACUCAAAGCAGCUUCGACAAGGCUGGGAGGGAAGAAGAUGACAAUGAGAAACACCUGUAAGUCCAGUGACUGCUCGGGUGGAAACAGUUUCCUCAAUGCUAUUCAGAAUUGACACACACACACACACAAUUAGUCCCGGACAAAGUAGUCUGUCAAUGUAAUAGCCAGUUAUUAGAAUGUCUUCUCUCCUCACCAGGGAGACCAUCCAGAAGGAUAUGGAGAUCUGGGAGACUUCAGGCCAGUGGCUUUUCUCCUGUUACUCUGUCCUCAAAGCAACCAUCUCAGGUAAGAGAACUUCUUAGCUUUGGUCUGUCCCUCUAUAGCAGGGUUCUUCAAUUCCGGUCCUGGAGGGCCGAAACACUUCUGUUUUUUAUUUCUACCUGGUAGUUAAUUGCAAUCACCUGGUGUCCCAGGUCUGAAUUAGCCCCUGAUUAGAAGGAGAGGAUGAAAAACAGAGGUGCCUCGGCCCUUUCAGGACCGGAAUUGAAGAACCCUGCUCUAUAGAAUGGUCCGGUUAGUUUCUCACUGCCACACACUCACAGUUGUUUGGUUAACCAUUACCUCAGUUGGGAUGGAAGGAACAUCUUGGAUAGAUCUCGAUGUAGUAGUAGGCUAUAUUAGAUUGGCUGUGAUUUUUAACUGGAUGGCAUUGAACCCUAUCUUCUCCUCUGUGCAGGGUUUACAGAGCUCUCUCCAGAGGAGCUGAGACUGGAGUAUUACAACGCCAAGCCGUCUGGAGACCUGCAGGGAUAUGUGAGUAGAAUCACAUGCAUAUCCCUUUAUCUGCAUUAACAAAGUAUAACAUGAAGCCAUCUGCACUGGGAUUCAAUGUAAUGAAGAAGAAUACUUUAUUGAUCCAUAUGAGACAGACAUUUUCUCUUCUGCUUUUACCCAACCCCUCGGAUAUACACACACGUGAUGUAGGAGAGGCUGGAGCAGCCGCAGUGCGAAGUUUAGGGGGUUAAAUUAAUUGCUUCUAACUUAAGGACAGUGAUUCCAGAGAAUAUUGCCAUUACAUCCAUGUUGUCUGUAUGUCUUUUUUAUUUGCUGAGAAAUGAAUUUCAAUCAGUACUAACAGCAGCCUUCCUUGUGUCUGUAGGCUAACGUCAUCAAUCAGCUGGUCAACCAAUGGAGAAGCAGAGUCCAGGAGCUGAGGGCUAUGAGCGGCAACACCAGAGUCGCUAUGGUGACACACACACACACACACACACACACACACACUUCUUUCUGUAGUAAUACGACAAGAAAAAUAGAAAGCCAUAUAAAUUCAGCAAAAAAAGAAACGUCCCUUUUUCAGGACCCUGUCUUUCAAAGAUAAUUUGUAAAAAUCCAAAUAACUUCACAGAUCUUAAUUGUAAAGGGUUUAAACACUGUUUCCCAUGCUUGUUCAAUGAACCAUAAACAAUUAAUGAACAUGCACCUGUGGAAUGGUCGUUAAGACACUAACAGCUUACAGACGGUAGGCAAUUAAGGUCACAGUUAUGAAAACUUAGGACACUAAAGAUGCCUUUCUACUGACUGAAAAACACCAAAAGAAAGAUGCCCAGGGUCCCUGCUCAUCUGGCCAGGGCAAUAAAUUGCAAUGUCCAUACUGUGAGACGCCUAAGACGGCGCUACAGGGAGACAGGACGGACAGCUGAUCGUCCUCGCAGUGGCAGACCAUGUGUAACAACACCUGCACAGGAUCGGUACAUCCGAACAUCACACCUGUGGGACAGGUACAGGAUGGCAAGAACAACUGCCCGAGUUACACCAGGAACGUACAAUCCCUCCAUCAGUGCUCAGACUGUCCGCAAUAGGCUGAGAGAGGCUGGACUGAGGGCUUGUAGGCCUGUUGUAAGGCAGGUCCUCACCAGACAUCAAUGGCAACAACGUCGCCUAUGGACACAAACCCUCCGUCACUGGACCAGACAGGACUGGCAAAAAGUGCUCUACACUGACGAGUUGCGGUUUUGUCUCACCGGGGGUGAUGGUCGGAUUCGCGUUUGUCGAAGGAAUGAGCGUUACACCGAGGCCUGUACUCUGGAGCGGGAUCGAUUUGGAGGUGGAGGGUCCGUCAUGGUCUGGGGCGGUGUGUCACAGCAUCAUCGGACUGAGCUUGUUGUCAUUGCAGGCAAUCUCAACGCUGUGUGUUACAGGGAAGACAUCCUCCUCCCUCAUGUGGUACCCUUCCUGCAGGCUCAUCCUGACAUGACCCUCCAGCAUGACAAUGCCACCAGCUAUACUGCUCGUUCUGUGCGUGAUUUCCUGCAAGACAGGAAUGUCAGUGUUCUGCCAUGGCCAGCGAAGAGCCCGGAUCUCAAUCCCAUUGAGCACGUCUGGGACCUGUUGGAUCGAGGGUGAGGGCUAGGGCCAUUCCCCCCAGAAAUGUCAGGGAAGUUGCAGGUGCCUUGGUGGAAGAGUGGGGUAACAUCUCACAGCAAGAACUGGCAAAUAGGGUGCAGUCCAUGAGGAGGAGAUGCACUGCAGUACUUAAUGCAGCUGGUGGCCACACCAGAUACUGACUGUUACUUUUGAUUUUGACCACCCCUUUAUUCAGGGACACAUUAUUCAAUUUCUGUUCGUCACAUGUCUGUGGAACUAGUUCAGUUUGUCUCAGUUGUUGAAUCUUGUUAUGUUCAUACAAAUAUUUACACAUGUUAAGUUUGCUGAAAAUAAACGCAGUUGACAGUGAGGGGACAUUUCUUUUUUUUGCUGAGUAAUCCGAUCUCCUCUCUCCCAGCUUGCAGAGCUGGACAACCCAGCACCACAGGCAGCGUCUGGAGGUUUUGGGUCGACACCAGUUACCGGCUUUGGGUCCUCAGCACCAUCAGGCUUUGGAGCAGGUAAAGAUCUGAUAUGUUGACUGGAUAAGACCCUCUGUAACUCCUGUGUUGACUGGAUAAGACCCUCUGUAACUCCUGUGUUGACUGGAUAAGACCCUAUGUAUCUCCUAUGUUGACUGGAUAAGACCCUCUGUAUCUCCUAUGUUGACUGGAUAAGACCCUAUGUAUCUCCUAUGUUGACUGGAUAAGACCCUAUGUAUCUCCUAUGUUGACUGGAUAAGACCCUCUGUAACUCCUAUGACUGGAUAAGACCCUCUGUAACUCCUGUGUUGACUGGAUAAGACCCUCUGUAACUCCUAUGUUGACUGGAUAAGACCCUCUGUAACUCCUAUGUUGACUGGAUAAGACCCUCUGUAACUCCUGUGUUGACUGGAUAAGACCCUCUAACUCCUAUGUUGACUGGAUAAGACCCUCUGUAACUCCUAUGUUGACUGGAUAAGACCCUCUGUAACUCCUAUGUUGACUGGAUAAGACCCUCUGUAACUCCUAUGUUGACUGGAUAAGACCCUCUGUAACUCCUAUGUUGACUGGAUAAGACCCUCUGUAACUCCUAUGUUGACUGGAUAAGACCCUCUGUAACUCCUAUGUUGACUGGAUAAGACCCUCUGUAACUCCUAUGUUGACUGGAUAAGACCCUCUGUAACUCCUAUGUUGACUGGAUAAGACCCUCUGUAACUCCUAUGUUGACUGGAUAAGACCCUCUGUAUCUCCUAUGUUGAAUGGCUAAGAUAGUUAGUGGGACAUGCAGUUGGUCUUUUAAAUAUUUACUUGCGUUCCUAAUCCUCCUCUUUCCCAUGUUGAACAUAAGGUUUCCAUGAGAGAGCGCCACUGUUUGUGCCUGAAACAAGGACAGUAGGCUAGUAGGAUGAUAUAUCUCUGGUGCUUCUCUCAAUCUAACGCUGGACUCUCCCUAGGUUUCGGAGUGCCGGCCCAGGCCCCAGUCCAGGACACCACGGGUGCCAUCAAUUUCAGCUUUGCUGCGCUGGGUGCAGCUUCUGGUUUGGGCAGUGCUGUGGCAGCCGUCGCACAACCUCCCACUGGGAUCGGCUCUACAGCCACCACUGCUCCCUCGGCAGCAGGUUUCUCCUUUGCCACCACCAAGGAGCCGACCUCUGCCGGUUUCGGAGCUCCUGCCACUCCGUCCGGGUUUAGCUUCGCCUCGACGACCACCGGUGGAGGAGGAGGAGGAGGAUUUGGAGGGAGUGGUUUCGGGAGUGCGGUGCCAGUGGCUGCAAGUGGUUUUGGACAGGCGAGUGGAGGGUUUGGGGGUAUGGCCCCAACAGACAGUCUCUUCACCGCCAAGAGCCAGCUGAGUGAAGAGGAGCUGAAGGAGUUUGGAGGGAAGAGGUUCACCCUGGGGCAGAUACCACUCAGACCUCCCCCUGUUGAUAUGCUGGUGGUCUGAGCCCACCGUGGACAUCUGCAAAAUGGGUUGUCUCCUUUCCUUUAACUGACCUGAUGGGAAAGACCUGGACUGAAUGUCUCUGAACCCUUUUUGAUGAGUAAAAAAAACAACAACACUUAUUUACAGAAUCUUCCCCCAUCCUUGAUGUGUAAUCGCUGAUCUGACUAGUUUCUACUGAUAAAAAUCGAUCAAAUGGAUUCUGAAUGAUGCCACAUCACGUUUGAACCAAGAUGGUGUUCCUGGUAAUAGUUCCUUGGCCAUGUGGUUGAAAUGUUUCCUUUUAAAAUGGAGGAGGAGAAUGUAAGACACGUGAUCAUAGUGGGACUACUGCACCAGGAACUCAAAUGGGCUACUGUUUUGCUAUUUUAAAAUAAAAAUAAGUGGGUUUUAAUUAUGGUUGGUGGUAUUUUUGCUACGCAUAGCAUUUUAAACCAAGUUAUGGGCGUUUUGUUGCCUUACAACCUGGAAUUAAAAUGGAUUUUUUUGG